AGAGAAAUGAUGAUGAUGAUGUUUUCCUUUGCUUCUACUGAUGAUGAAGAAUGAAAAAGGCAAGUGAUGGUAGAGGCUCAAGAGCAGUAGAAGAAGAAGCUUGAAAAGAAAGAGAAAAAGACAAAGAGAAUAACAAGUAAAGAAAGAGAGAAGAUGAAUAAGAUGAUAAUGAUGAUUGUAAGAGACUUUACACAUAAAGAAAGGGAAAAAAAGAGAGAGAGAAAGAGUGAAUAUAAGCAAGAUGAUGAGACAGAAAAUUAAGUAAUCUAUUUGGUAUAAAUAAAAACAAAGUGUUUUCAACUUGCCUCUUUUUUGGACAAACUUAUCAUCUUUAUUCAUCCUCAUCAUCAUCUACAUCUUCUAAUUAUAUUACAAAUUCAUCUUCAUCCGCCGACGAAAUCAUUUUUAUCAGUUGUUUUCCUCACUUUCGCCAGUUCAGUUCAUCGUUGCCUCUUUACUUUUUUAACUUGAUUUCCUGUUCAAUUUUUAAACUGAAAUUCAAUCAUCAUCAUGAACUGAACUUUUGAAAUCCAUGAAAUUCAAGGUAUUAUAUUGUUCUUUUAGUGACAAAAAUCAUCAACAAAUCAACAACAAUUGAAAAGAAAUAAAAAAAAUUCCAAAUAAUCAAAUGUUUGUGUCUCUUUUUCUAUGUGUUAACAUCACCAAUCAGAAUUGAAAGAAAAAGUUGAAAAUUCUGAUUCCAAAUCAGUUGAGUUUAUCCUGGAAAAUCAGUGAUCACAAAUACACAAGGAAUAUAAAAAUUAUGUUUGUAAUAAAAUCAACUAAUCAACAGGAAAAACCAUCAACAUGAAAAUGAUCAAGAUAAUUGUUGUGAUAAAAGUGAUAACUUUAAAUGAUGAUGGAUAACAAAUCUUAAUUAUAUAUAUCAAGAGAAACACAUUAAAGCAAUAAAUUGAUAAUUUAAAGCCAUUGGAUUUGUUGUUAAUUGUUUACAAUCCAAUAACUAUCAUAAUUAUCAUCAACAAUUAUGAUUACCCUUGAUUCAUUAUCAAUGAUAGUAAUACAAUUACAAUUAUAAUAUCAUCAUUAUGAUACUAAUAUCAUUAUAUUAUGAUAUUAACAUUGGCAAUAACAGUAAUUUACCGUUACAUUGAUAACAAAUUGAUUAUAAUCAUAAUAAUAAUAAUAAGGUUAUCAUCCUCAUCAUCCUCAUCAUUAUCAUCAUCGUCAUCUCCAUUGAUUACAUUAGACCAUAAUCCAAUUGAUUGUCAAUUAUUAUUAUCAUUAUUGCUCAAAAAAUUGGUUCAUUGGUUUGCUCAAAAAAUUAAUCAACAGCGACAUAAAUUGAACACCAACAAUUUACACAUUCAUUGUAACAAUUUACUAAUCAAUAGUAAAACCAUUUCAACUAUUGACCCUUUUCCCUUUUUAAAUAUUAAUCGGUGUUUAUAUCGACGGAAACGGAAAAAGUCACAUGAAAUUAUCUCAUUGAUUAUUGCAAUUUUAUCUAACAUCUUAACCAUAAUCAGGAUUAAUUGUUACAAUUAUUAUCAAUUGUUAUCAUUUGGUGUUUCAUGUUAUCAAUAUAAUAAACCGUUACCAAACUGGAGGGUCAAAGAUGCCAAUGAAUCCGUUUAAUGUGAUAAUAAUAAAAGACUUGACCAUCAUCAGAACCUUCAUCUUCAAUAUAAUCCCAAUAGUUAAUCACUACAAUUAUCUGAUUAAAUUUUUGAUAAAUUUGCUUAAUAAUUAUCUUAAAUCAUCAGCCGCCACUGCCAUCGUCACCUUAACCUUUUACCUGAGUGUUAUUAUUAAAACUUUUUCUAUUAAUUAUCAACGAAAUCUAAUUAAUAUCAUUGGAUUGUUAUGCAUCUUGUUAAACUUGUAGUUCUUGGAGCAACUGGAACUGGUAAAAGCUCAAUUAUUCAACAGUUCUUGGAAUCAACGUUCAUUGAAUCUCGUGGGCCAACGAUACUUAACCCAAUUGAUAAUAGUUACUCAUUCACCAUCAUAAUGAACGGUUGUGUUUAUCAAUUAAAGAUAAUUGAUAUGCCAAUGAUUAAUUACUUUCCGACCAAUUCAUUUUACGAAUGGACAGAUUACCGAGGAUGUGCCCUAAGAAGUGCUCAUGGUUACCUUCUCAUCUUUGAUCUUACCUCUCCAGGAUCUUUCCAAUAUGUCAAAGUAAUUCGUGAUCAACUAUCUGAAAGCCGAAAUAUGUCCAAUAUUCCGGUCUAUGUGGUCGGCAAUAAGGCUGAUCUCUGUACAAGUGUCCUAAAUAACAUGAGGAGUAGCCACAGCCACCACUCAAGUCACUCACGUUACUCACUUUAUCCAUUAACUUAUCCACGUUUCUCUGGUUUAACUUUAUCAUCUUUCUCAUCUUCUCAUCAUCAUUCAUCAUGGUUAUCAACAAGAACCCAAAGGAAUACCCAUUUUAACUCAUCAUCAGCUGCACAACAACAACAAACCCAAAACCAACAACCAAACCAACAACCAAAUCAACAACAAACACAACAGCAACAACAGACUCACUCCUCUUCUUCAUCAUCACAUCAUCAUCAUCAUCAUCAUCGCCUUCAUUUUCACCAUAAUCAUCACCAUUGGGAUGAUUUAACUCCAGCUUUCAAGGAAUUAGCUAAUUUAGUUAAAAAACAAUGGAAAUGUAAUUACCUUGAAUGCUCAGCUAAAUAUAAUUGGAGGAUUGUCCCAAUCUUCCGGGAUAUUUUACGUUUAAUUGAGAUUAAUCAAUCAAAGUGUUUGGAUCACUCAGCUAAUUAUAUCAGUGGUGAUCUUGAUUAUCACCGAGAUUCAAUUAAAUUUUCACUCACAUCAACGACCUUAAAUCAACCAACAUCCAACAAUCAAUUGGUCACAACAUCAUCAACUACCAAUCCAAUUGUAACCAUUUCCACUUUAUCACCAACAAUUAACGAUAGAACGUCAACAAUUAAUGAUUCAAAUAAUAAUACUAAUCAUCAAUCUUGUAUUAUUCUCUAAAUUGUUUAAUCAGAUUACUGAUGAUUUAAUACACUUUGGUUGAUCAAGUAAUUUUGUGUAAUUUAUCAACAGCAACAACAAUUAACAUCUCAAACUGUUAAUUAUUCACAAAAUUGUCAACAAAUUUUUUGCCUCAAAUUAACAAUUAACCAAUAAUGAUACUAUUAUUAAUAAUUUACCUUUGUAAUAUAUUAUAAAUAUGAAAAUUAAUUUUCCCUUUUCAACAAUUAACAAAUCGUAAUUACUAAUCAAAAUUUACAAUUUAAAAGAUGAACAAAUUAACUUAUUAAUAAUUUAAAUUGGGUAAUUGUGACAAUUUGUUUUUCAGUUUUCAUUUUUCACCAGAAUCCAAGAACUGAAUCAAACCAUUAAUUGUGAGAUUAAAAACCAACAAACAAUUGCCAAUUGAUCAAGAAACAACCACAAAAUUAACUAAUUGUAAACUUCAAAAUCAUUCAAUUUAUACAAGCGGGAAAAAACUUUCUUACGAAAGUUUUUUUAAGGUUGUUUGCCAGACCCGUGGUUUGUUGAAAUGGGAAUCGUUUUUUAAUAAAAAAAUUCAAAACUAAAUUUCUUCUUUCUCACUACUCUCUUUUUCUCUUUCUUUCUCUCUCUCGUCCCAUUCUCUCUCAUCUCUUCCUUUUUCUUUCUCCUCUCUUUUUCUUCUUUCUCUUUCUUUCUCUUUCUUUCUCGUCUCUUUCUCUUUUUCUCUUUCUUUUUCAUCUCUUUCUCUUUUUCUCUCUCUUUCUCCUCUCUUUUUCUUCUUUCUUUUUCAUCUCUUUCUCUUUUUCAUCUCUUUCUCUUUUUCUCUCUCUUUCUCCUCUCUUUUUCUUCUUUCUUUUUCAUCUCUUUCUCUUUUUCUCUCUCUUUCUUCUCUCUUUUUCUUCUUUCUUUUUCAUCUCUUUCUCUUUUUCUCUUUCUUUCUCUUUCUUUUUGAAAUACGCGCUGUAAAAAAGCUUAACUGCGCAUGCGUACAGCAAAAUCUUCGAGUCAGAAUUUCUCAUGAACGGCUACUCAGAUUUUGUUCGUACUAUUUUUCCGUUUUGUAGGAUUUUCGGCUGAAUUUUUUGAUACCUUAACCUUUCAUAGAAUCCUUGUAGCUUGAGCGUAAUCUUUACCCAAAAUUUCGACAAAUCUUAUUCAAGAAUGUAGAUACAUAUAAUAUGUUAAAGUCCAGUAAAAGCAAAGAUGAACAAUUAGUAAAUUCAGUUGAAACUGAUUGAUUCUUAUCCCUAAGUAGAGAUUGAAAAUUCUGAUUAACCUUUUAUCCUUAUCCCAACAGUUACAAAUGAAAAUAAUGUUAUUUCAAUGAUAAUUUUUUGUUAACAGAUCGACGAGAAAAUUAAUUCAAUUGUUAACCGAUUAAUUUAAUGUAAAACCAAAGUUUCUUAUCAAAUCAAUUGAUUGUUUUUUUCUUCCUGAUAAAUACAUGUUAUGGUUCUAAUUAAAAUGUAAUGAUGAUCAAAACAAUUAAAAACAAUUCACCUUA